UGACGUCAGGGAACAGAGCCACAUGGCUCACAGAAACUCUUUUGAUUUUGCUCGCUCGACCGCACCUUCCUUGCGCUCGAUUUGAGUGGAUAAUCCGAAGAAAUUCGUCCCCUAAACUGCAGAAAUGUCCGUAGAAGAACUAACACCUGAACAAGUACAAAUGCUGCGCAAAGCUUUUGAUAUGUUCGAUCGAGACAAAAGAGGUUGCAUUCAUACCAACAUGGUGGCUACAAUUUUGAGGACACUUGGACAAACUUUUGAAGAGAAAGACCUUAAGGACCUCAUUCAAGAAAUUGAUUCAGACGGAAGUGGUGAAUUAGAAUUUGACGAAUUCCUGACACUCACUGCCAGAUACCUCGUUGAUGAAGAUUCAGAAGCGAUUCAAGAAGAGUUGCGAGAAGCAUUUCGAAUGUACGAUAGGGAAGGAAAUGGAUACAUCCACGUGAGGGAUCUGAGAGAGAUAUUGAGAGCGCUUGAUGAUCAACUGACGGAGGAUGAACUUGACGAAAUGAUUGCCGAAAUUGAUACAGAUGGAUCUGGCACCGUAGACUUUGAUGAAUUCAUGCAGAUGAUGACUGGGGACUAAAGAUUUAUCACAGCGAAUCACGGACUAUGAGUACGAAGAAAAUAUUCUAGAAAUUAUCUGAAAACUUAUGCAUUAACCAGUUGCAUUCAAAUUGCUCUGUAUCUAUGAAGAAUCAGAUUUCAUGAACAAUGCCUUUUGUUAAACUCAAGAUGAAAAUAUUUUUGAAAAGUUAUGAAAGUGUUAUGCAAGAAAACCAUGUCAUAACUUGAAUUGAUUUUUGACAAAUUUAUUACGUGUUUUGUUUAUAUCUGUUUUGAUAGCUGCGAAAAUAUUUGAAGUACGAUUGUAAAGAGUUUUUAAUUGUAAACUGAAUUAUAAAUAAAAUUUUCUGAUGAAA